GUGGCGCGAAAUCUGGUCUCGUCGGGGGCGGGGGGGCUGUGCGGAGACGACCCGGGGCCACUCUUCGGAGUGUACCUCAGCCCUUCCCCGCCAAGCUCUGGAGCCCAAGGACGGUCUUGCCUGCUGUCUUCCUGCUGUGGGGCCGGAAGGGGCGGUGUGGUUGGAGACCCGGGGCCCAAAGGGAAGACAACUCCCUCCGGGCGCGGGGCUUAAGGACUGCCUACUCCCACGAGGUACGUCGAGGAGAAGGAAGGUAUGGCCACCGGGCUUCCAACGGCCUGGUUUCGUGAACCAGUGACCUUUGAAGAUGUGACCCUGGGUUUUACUUCAGACGAAUGGGGACUGCUGGACCUCGAAAAGAAGUCCCUGUACAGGGAGGUGAUGCUGGAGAACUACAGGAACCUGGUCUCAGUGGAACAUCAGCUUUCCAAGCCAGAUGUGGUAUCUCAGUUAGAGGAGGAGGAAGCGCUCUGUUCGGUGGAGAGAGGAAUUCCUCAAGACACCUUUUCAGAGUGUCUUGCAGUUCAGUUGGACCCUCAGUUGGCUUCUCUUCCUGCUUGGAAUCCCCUGAUGAAGAUCGAAGUCGUUGAAGUCCUCACACUGAACCAAGAGAUAGCCCGUCCCCGCAAUGCCCAGAUCCGGGCUCUCUAUGCUGAAGAUGAGGGCCUGAGCCCAGAAGUACUAGCGGAGCCUGCUCAGCAGCCAGGAAAGCAUCCAGCUGACCCUGAGGCUGCACGCCAGAAGUUCCGGGGGUUCUGCUUUGAGGAGGUGGCGGGGCCCCGUGAGGCCCUGGCCCGGCUGCGUGAGCUGUGCCACCAGUGGCUGCGGCCCGAAGUGCACUCCAAGGAGCAGAUGUUGGAGCUGCUGGUGCUGGAGCAGUUCUUGGGUGCGCUGCCCAGGAAGCUCCGGAUGUGGGUGGAGUCACAGCACCCAGAGGACUGUCAGGAGGCAGUGGCCCUGGUCGAGGAUGUAACCUGGAUAUCUGAGGAGGACGCAUUACCUGCCCAGGACGCCACCUGCCCUCCUGAGACCACAGCUCUCCCGGAAGAGAAGGAGGAGAGCGUGACCACCUGGCUGGCGAAAGCACCACCUGAGGAUGCAGUGACUUUCCUGGAUGUGGCUGUGGACUUCAGCAAGGAAGAGUGGGGGCUGCUGGACCCGACGCAGAGGACCGAGUACCAUGACGUGAUGUUAGAAACCUUUGGACACCUGGUGUCUGUAGGGUGGGAGACUACACUGGAAAGUAAAGAGUUAACUCCAAAGUCUGACAUUCCUGAGGAAGAGCUGGCCCCUGACCUGAAAAUGGAAGAAUCCUCAAGGGAUGACACUUGCUCCUCCAUCUCAGGAGACAGCGGGCAGGAUAGGCCCCAGGAAGUCUUAGAUAUGGCACUGAGGCAAGCGGGGCUCACUCAGGAAGAAACCCUCCCUCCGAAAAGCCCCCAACCCCGGGCAAACACCGGCCUUGUCACAAGCCAUAUUUCACUCCAGAAAACUCUGCCUGGGAAACGCUUGCGCAAGCGUGGCUCACAGGUGAGGAAGGCGGCACGUGGUGCAUGUGUAAAAAUUCAUCAGAAGGGCCACAAAGGGGAAAAAGCCAGAGAAAACAGUGGUUGUGGGAGACCAUUCAGCCGGAGCACUCAGCAGAUUACAUUCACAAGAAUUCACAAAGGGAGCCAAGUUUGCCGAUGCAGUGAAUGUGGCAAAACGUUCCGGAACCCAAGAUACUUCUCUGUACAUAAAAAAAUCCACACAGGAGAGAAGCCCUAUGUGUGUCAGGACUGCGGGAAGGCAUUCGUUCAGAGCUCCUCCCUCACACAGCAUCAGAGAGUCCACACCGGAGAGAGGCCUUUCGAGUGUCACGAGUGCGGGCGGACCUUCAAUGACCGCUCGGCCAUCUCCCAGCACUUGCGGACUCACACCGGAGCCAAGCCCUACCCAUGUCAGGACUGUGGGAAAGCCUUCCGCCAGAGCUCCCAUCUCAUCCGGCACCAGAGAACGCACACCGGGGAGCGCCCCUACGUGUGCAGCAAAUGCGGAAAGGCCUUCACCCAGAGCUCACACCUCAUUGGACACCAGAAGACACAUAGUGGGGUGAGAUACAAGAAGAAACAGCCUACCUCACAGCCCUCAAGCUGAGCUGGUUGAAGUGACAUGGCCUUUUCGGCUUGAUCCUGCAAAGUAACAUGAACGGGCCUGGUUGGCAUUCGGAACGGAAUGUGAAAAGUAGCACUGAGUGACGACGUUCUCAAGACCAAAGGACACCUGGGGAGACUGCCCUGCACACAAGUAAAUGAGAAAACUGGUAGGGAGUUGUUGCUAAUGAAUCUAAGUUGGAAAAACGUUUACUUUUUCACUCACUUGAUUUGCUGUUAUAUUUGUUUGCUCAUUUGGUCAUUAAAAGUGAUACUAGUGAAACCUGGAAAUGCUUAUAAUGUAAGCUUAAAAAGCCAGGUACCAAAAAGUCUGUGCACUGAUAUUAUAUUUGUGGUAAAGUAUUUAUGCAUAUGGACAAGGACUAAAAGAGAACAAAGAUAAAUAAACUAUAUAUUUCUGUGAUAGAA